AUGGAUCUGCCAUCAAACCAAAAUCGACAUGUCUCAUCCGUUGAUAAUAAUAAUGAACGAGCAAGAAAAAAUAAUGUCAAUAGAAAUUCAACUCCUUUCUAUGCUUCAAAAUGGUUUGCAAUUAUUAUGAUUGUUAUCGCAAUCGGCUUAUUAGCUGUUUCUAUAGCUUUGGCUAUCGCGCUUGCAAUAAAAUCUAAAUCAACAAACGGAUCAACAUAUGCAACUUCCACGCCUACGACUGGAUCAGCAUCUGCAAGUAACGCGCCUACGACUGGACCAACAUCUACAAGUAACGCGCCUACGACUGGAACAACUGUGUUAGCCUCUCAGUCAUUCGUUUUGAAAUGCGAUCCAGUCAUAUCAACUAACACAAAGAAUCAAGCUGAAACACGUGAUGAUACGACUCAACAAACAAAAAUGAAAUUACCAGUGGCUUCAUCGAGAGUUGGCGAUAAUAUUUUGUUAAAAAAUACCUAUAUCGUUGAGUUUCCGGCUGAUGUUGAUGUGAAAAACCAUUUUGUAAGAGUUACUACCUCUCUAAAAGCAUCCAAUCAAAUCGUUGAAUCAGAAAUCGUACUACGACAUGUGAUUAGUUCAUCAAUAUUCAAUGGAGCUUCUUUUUCUACCACUACAAAUGACUCAAUCGAAGCAGCUCAACUAAUAGAAAAUGCUAUUAACAUCCAUCCAGUUUAUCUUGUUCCUGGUCCACGUCUUCUGAAGAGUACAUUCUCUUCUGAUAGAUCGAUUAAUACUGCUCAAUAUUUGAUCAAUGCAUUUGAUUUAACAGGUGUUAAUCAAGUUCACAGUCAGUUUCAGAAUACUGGCAAAGGUGUUCGAGUGGCUGUUAUUGACACAGGUGUUGAUUAUGCACAUCCAGCUCUUGGAGGUUGUUUUGGAACAGGCUGUAAAGUGGCAUUUGGCUACGAUUUUGCUGGAGACCAAUUUAGCAGCAGUAAUCCAAUACCAGUGCCUGACAAUGAUCCCAUAGAUAACUGUAGUUCUUCUUCACAUGGGACGCAUGUUGCUGGAAUUGUUGGUGCAAAUAUCAAUGGAAUCAAUCAAACAUACUUUAUUCCUUCUGUACCUUUCAGUGGUGUUGCCCCUGAUGUUACUCUUGGUGCAUAUCGUGUGUUCGGAUGUCCUGCUGAUAUGACUACUACAGAUUUGGUUACUGCAGCACUCUAUCGUGCUUAUGAUGACAAGGCUGAUAUAAUAACUAUAUCUAUCGGUGGAGCUGCUGCUUAUACAGAAGAUCCGCGCACAAUAGCUAUUCAACGAAUAACCAAUAUGGGAGUAUAUGUGACAGUUGCACUUGGUAAUGAAGGAGAGGGUGGUCUAGAAACUGUCAAUAUGCCAGGUGCUGCACCCGAUGCAAUGGCCAUUGGUUCAGCAGACAGCACAUACACAUUACGAUAUUAUAUCAUCGCACCUGACGGUUCUAUGAUAUUUUAUGAUCCAGGAACUGCCUUUGAUCCAAACGGAGGAGUAAAUAAUGGAUGUGCCACAUCAAACCCAUCAAUGAACGGUACCGUGGUUUUAUUUACUUAUACCACUGAAGACAUAUGUAGUGUCGGUUAUCGAUGUAACCUAGCAUUUGAAGUUGGAGCACGAGGGUGUCUUAUCUACAGCCUUGGUCUUACUACAGAAGGAUCAUACUUUAUUCCAACGGGUAGUAUCAGUCUAGCAGAUGGUCAGCGUAUCAUUAGCACAGUGGCUGCUAAUCCUUCUGCUAUUUAUACAUUUACUAAUUUGUUCGGGCUUAGUUCGAUAAGUACUGCUGGAACACCUAGCGCAUUCUCAUCGCUUGGACUCACGGGUGAUUUAUUAAUUAAACCACAGAUAACAGGUAUCGGUGGAAUGGUUUAUUCAACAAUUUCGGUCUCUGCUGCCGUCCAGAAUUCGUUACCGAAACCAUAUAUGAUUUCGUCUGGUACAAGUAUGGCAACUCCUUACGUCGCCGGGACUCUGGCACUUUUUUUAGCAAGUAUUGGUAAUCCUGCUCCAUAUACAGUUAGCGGCUAUGCACAAAAUGGACAAUGUCGUCCUACGUUCUCUUUAGUUAAGAAUAUAUUUCAAUCAACUGCCAAUGCAAUUCAAAUCUAUAAUUCUAUUGUUUUCGCUACUUCUGCAAUGCAAGGUGCUGGUUUGGUAAAUGUUUAUCAAGCCAUUACUGCUGGAACGAUAUUUUCACCAAGUGAACUUGCAUUGAAUGACACAGUGAGACGAGCAACAUCAUAUCGAGUCAGUGUUAUUAACAUUGGUAAUCAAACAGCGAUAUAUACAAUGAGUCAUAGUGGAGCUGCAUUAGCAACUGGAAAAGCAACAGGCGAUGAUCAACUUUUGGCACAACCAGUAUACACAGCAGAUUAUGCUGAUGUUAUUAUCAAUCCAGUUCAAUUUACGCUUCAACCUGGUUAUUCACGUGAGAUCACUCUUCAAUUUGGAGAACCUACAAAUGCAGAUCCAAAUCUUCUUCCUGUCUUUUCUGGUUUCAUUUAUGCCACUAAUCAAGUCAAUGGAGAAGUUACUCAUCUGUUCUAUGCUGGUAUGGUGGGUGAUUACGGAAAUGCAGGUAUUUUCGUUCGAAACACGACAUCAGGUGUUAUAACAGGAAUUCAAAAAUCAGAUGGUACAUAUGUAUCCGAUGGAGAAUUGCCCUCUUUGAAUGCUACAACAGGGAUAACUAUUCAAAUAGUUCUAGCAUGGUCAACACGUGUGGUUAUCGUACAAAUUAUUCCAGCAAAUGGAACUGUUCUCGUUGGAUUGAAUGUCAGUUCUGCCGUCAUGUUCACUGAUACCGACGAGUCGGAAGCGGUUAUCGUUGAUCCACCGAGAAAUGCAGCUGCCGGUGUAGGCACAAGUUUUGCGGAAUCAUAUCCAGCAGUAUGGAAUGGUAAAGUUGUUUUGAAUAGUGUGAAUGGAAAUGCUUCAGUUACGACAAUGCGUAAUCUCAAUCCCGGUACAUAUCGAAUCCAAUUUUCAGCUCUCAAACAUUUUGGAAAUCCAUCAAAUGAUAAUGAUUUUGAAGUUUUCAAUUCACCAGCGUUUAAAUUAGUAUUCUGA